AUGGCUAAGACGUUGGCUCAGGGUAGAAAACCAGGUAGUGGACGUAAGCCAGGGAAGGGGAAAACUUUGAGGGAAGGAAGAAAACCUGGGAGCGGUAGAAGGCGUAAAAACUUCGAUGAGCAAGACAGUUCGGUGCGAAAUACGGGGAAGAUGACUUAUCCUUCUAGGGGAUCUAGAAGCUGUAGACGCCUUGGAGGGGGUUGGAAUGGUAAUCCUGAGCAACAGCAAUUACAACAGUUACAACAGCAAUCAGGGAUGGCAAACACUCGAACUCCUACUCCAACGCCGACACCUACACCUACACAUAUACUACCCGAUUUGAGAUCUCCACAUUUCUUGGCUCAUAUAACAGCUCCUGAGCCACCUAUCGGGGCCUCGAGGUUGCCUCUGACUCAGAGCAGGUUGCUGUCAAACACAACUGGAGGGAGUACCGGAUCCUUUUCACUUCACGAUAUGAAUCCUUACUCGAUCACUCCUCAAUUCAUGCAUUCUCCACCUGCAGUGGCUUCAUCUUUGAUGGUUCCCAUCGGUAAUAGCGGCUCAUCGGUAGGCUCUUCUUCGGACAACGCUAGCAACUCUUUUCAGGACACCAAGGUCACCAAUAGGGACGAUCCGGCUGGCUCCGUUCUCAUUCACACAAGUAUUUGA